AGAGGAAAUGGCCUUGCGAUUAGCAGUCAGAGGAACUUGUGAAAUGACACAGCUGUACUGUAAAAACACCAUCCCACAGACUUUGCUGCCAGAGGAACUCAACAGCCAGCACUGACGGACCCGAGAGCAGGACUGCCCAAGCCAUGGAGCGAGAGCCGAUGCGCAUAAGGGAGGGCUACUUGGUUAAGAAGGGCAGCAUGUUUAAUACCUGGAAGCCAAUGUGGGUUGUGCUCUUAGAAGACGGAAUUGAAUUCUACAAGCGGAAGGCUGACAACAGUCCCAAAGGGAUGAUCCCACUAAAAGGAAGCUCUAUUCACAGCCCAUGCCAAGAUUUUGGCAAAAGAAUGUUUGUCUUCAAGCUCACUGUGGCCAAGCAGCAGGACCACUUUUUUCAAGCUGCCUACCUGGAGGAGAGAGACGCCUGGGUGCGGGAUAUCAAGAAAGCAAUUCAUCGCAUAGAUGGAGGCCAAAGGUUUGCCAGAAAAUCCACAAGAAAAUCUAUCAGAUUGCCUGAAACAAUCAAUCUGAGUGCUUUGUACCUCUCAAUGAAAGAUCCUGAAAAUGGAAUAAAGGAGUUGAAGCUGGAAAAAGAUAAAAGAGUGUUCAAUCACUGCUUUACAGGCACCUGUGUGAUUGACUGGCUGGUGUCCAGCAGCUCCAUCCGAAAUCGCAAAGAGGGUCUCCUGCUUGCCUCUUCCCUCUUGAGCGAAGGCUACCUACAGCCUGCUGGGGAUACAUCCAAGGCAGCUGCUGAGGGACUGUCAGACACCCCCUUCCUAGAUCUCAGUGAUGCCUACUACUACUUUCCAGACAGUGGAUUUUUCUGUGAGGGAUAUUCCAGUGAUGAUGAUGUGGUCCUAAAAGAAGAAUUCAGAGGCACAAUUGUCAAACAAGGAUGUUUGCUGAAACAGGGACAUCGGAGGAAGAACUGGAAAGUGAGGAAGUUUGUUUUAAGAGAUGAUCCUGCAUAUCUUCACUAUUAUGAUCCUGCUGGAGGAGAAGAACCACUGGGAGCAAUUCACUUGAGAGGCUGUGUGGUGACAGCAGUGGAAGAUAUGCCAGACACCAAGAAGUAUGAUGAUGAGAACAUCCUCUUUGAAAUCAUCACAGCAAAUGAAAUCCACUAUUACUUGCAAGCAGCCUCAUCCACAGAGCGUACAGAGUGGAUCAAAGCAAUCCAGUCAGUUGCUAGGACUGGUAAAUGAAGAUGAUCUUCCAACAAGAAGACAGAUAAAUUAAAUUAGUUACUCAAAACAGAAUUUAGCAUUUCACCAAGAGAAAGCAGUAUCAUCCCAAAGGGCACAAGCCCUUUGGGGUUGAGGACUGGGUGGAAGUUUCAAUUCUAUAGUUGGCACUAACAAACUAACAUUUUUUCACUUGUAUUAUGGUAAUAUUUUACUAAAUUAUCACAUAGAAAUGCCAUAUUAGUGUGUGUUUCUUAAUCAGUCUGCCUUGAGAAGGCUGUACCUGUUGCCAUAGCUGAUAGUGGGAAUCUCACCAUUAACAGGGGACAGAGGCAUGUCACUGACAGAGAGGACCCCAAUUAAUCACCCUCUUCAGCCUGUGAUGUGUUUCAGCAUUUUCAUGUAUUUCAGUCUUCUCCAGACAAUUUUUACACUUUCUUCUUUACCAGAUCAGGUUGCUGCUUGUUCACUGAUACAAAUAAUGACAUAGAUAUAAGGAAAAGAAGUAAUUUGGAAACCUGAUCCACUCCUUUAUAAUCUGUCAGCAUUAAGGGGGGGAAGAAUGCAGACAACUAUGGAAACACCAUGUGGAACUGAGUGAGACUCCAUGGCAGCAGUAUGAGGAAAAGUCUCUCCCCACAGUAUUUCAAACACAAAGCAAUCUCACUUCAAACUCCCUAUCACCCAAUUUUAAGCCUUGGCAAAUUUUUCCACAAGAAUCUGCCCUGGGACCAUUGUUUCCCUUUAUUUAUGUCUACAAAGCAAAUGCUGGGUUGUCAGGUACUAUUUGAAUUAAGAAUCUUGCAGGAGAAGGGAAAGGAGGCAAGGGUUGGUUACUUGAACUACUGAUUGAAGUGGUUUCAAUUAGAUUUUACUUUUUUAACCUCCAGGAACGUACUGAGUCCUUGAUUCUGUGCCUUAGUAGUAUAAGAGAAACCUUGUGCUUAUAACUGAAAUAGAAGUUUUUAUUUGAUAGGGUCAGUUCACCUGAUUAAUCCUUGUAUUUUUGUCUGACUGUAUAUCAAACAAACUUCUAAGUCUUAAAGUCUAAGAAGGAGAUGAAAAUCAAGUUCAUGUCAGAUUGUGCAUGUAGGCUGUUCCUAGUUUGAGUGAAGGAAACUUCAAAAUCUUUAAAACUCUGUUAAUAGGUCUAAUAAGAUACCUUAUCCUUAAGAAUUCUUAUUGGAAUCUCUUCCAUCUAAAAAUAAAUGUGGAGCUAAAGCUUCUCUUCAGUUGUGCUUAAUUAUACCUGUAACUGAGCUAAUGAGCCUGAAGCCCUGUUGCCUUGCAUAACUUAUCCCAAAGAAAACACAGCCUUGCAGGAGCAGCAGGCUGAGACACUGCAUCAUCAUGUCCACUUAAUUUGGCCAGCAGAAAUCAGCUUCUGGCAGGCAUUUCCUGUCUCAUGCAAGCUAACAAGAUCAUUGAAGUCUGAUAUGUCAUUCUGAGGAAGGAAGACUUAUGGUAAAAAGAUCCACUGUUUGCUCAGUCUGCUCUCUUGAUAAUUGCUACUUCUUGUUGCUUAAUUUUGCUUGCAGAGCUCACUAACCCAAAAAUACCCAAGGGCACAGGAAGAGAAAAAAAACACCCCACACAACCAAACAACAGAAACUUGUCCAGCUGACAAAAAAAGAGGGAUGUGACUGCCACAAGUUAAUAAAACUAAAAUGUUUUACCAGUCUAUGACCUUACCAUUUAAACUUGUGCCCAGUCCAAGGUAUGGCUGUCCACUUAUGAAUGGGGUUUUCUCAGGCCUAGGAUGAUAGUCAGUGUAUUUAUGGAAGAGCUCUUAUGUUUGUACCAUCCUGUAUUAACAGGGUCUGUGACCCCAUACCUAGUGCUUCAGAAGACACAUUUCAAGGAUUUGUAGGUGGCUCUGCUUCUUGGCAGCAGUGAGAAGACUUUAUCCAAGGGAAUUCAGUAUUGGAAAGCAAGUACAUGUCUAUCAGAGAUGAUGAGGCCAGCCCAGCAACUCAGAAGGAAUGGAAGAGGCACAGAUCCUGAAUACUGGCACAAAGAAGAGAGACAGCUUUGUGCAAGGAACAACUAAACAAAAGGGAGAAAACAGAAGAGCAGAACUACAUGUGUCAUGCUUCCUCUAACUUUCACCCUCUAUUUAAAUCACACUCCUACUACACCCUCAGCAAUUACUACAUUAACAUCAGUUUCUUUUUUACUUAUGAAAAAGAACUAGUCUAAAGGACAGCAAAAUGAACAAACCAUUAUGGAUAAGGAUUGUAUUUAUUAUCUUCAGCUACUGAAAAACUUGUAUAAUAUAAUCUCAUAUAAAUAUCCUCUUAAGUUCAUUUUUGUCUUGCCACAACUUGCACUGAGCAAUUUUCCCUCCCCUGGAACACUGCCUACGUGCUUACUACAGUCAGGGUCAGAUUUUUGGGAAUGUUGACUAACCACACACCCAUAAAAACACCAACACAGACACAGCGCUCCUACUUCCACUUUAAAAUAAAGUUUAAAAGAAAAUGGUAUGAAGAAAACCACAAACACAGAUGAUGAAAAUAUAAUAACCCCAGCCCAACAAACUUUCAGCUACAGGUGUUAGUACUUCUUAUAAUCCAACAGACAGCACAUAUGGAGGUAGUUUGGACUUAAUAUGUCUCUAGUAAUUUUUUCAAAGAGCUUCUUACUUUCCCAGCCCCACAGCUUUCUUCUGAAGGGUAAGGUAAUGUAAUUUUGUUGAUAAGUAUAGCUAUUUUAGUGCUCUUCUUUGCAGUGUGCUGUCUUUGCUUUUUAUCUGAAAGAGUUAAAGUGUGAAAGGUCUACUGAAAAUGUGUUUUAGUAAUAGAACAGUUUGCUUAGUAAUAUUUAAUCAAAGUUUGUUCAUAAAGAUGAAAAAACUCAUUAAGACCUCUGAUGUAUCUCACAUUUACUGUCAAUCCUCUCUUUUAGAAAAGUUUUUUGUUUUAAUUUCUUCUCGCAAUAUUGUAUAUAACUUUUCAAUGCAGUAGUACCUCUUCUGUCUUUGGCUUAGAGUUCACUUUACUGCAAAUGUUAAACAGCUCUUUCCCCACCCCCUAAUUUGUUCUCCAAUAUUUGAGAAGUUAUUUGAAGUUUAAACUACUUGCUUCACGGGGCUCUUGAUUAGUGCUUUUCACUGUUUGAACUGUUCCUCUGUUUGUUCUGAGUUCAAGCUUGGGCAACACUGAAAUACAGAAAAAAUUUCCUUAAAUAAUCGUUUUGGUGGGGGCCAGAAACAUUUAAGUAGGGUGGGAGUUUUUGUGGGAGGGCAGUGGGGUGGGAAUGGUUUGGGUUUUUUGGUUGUUCUUUUUCAGUUUGUACCUUUUAAAACUGGAGGAGACUAUAGGAGGAACUUGAAAAAGCAAAAUGAGUAGAUAGGAGUCCUCUGCAGGCUGUUGGUAUUUCUGUGGGUGCCUCCAGUUUGUGUUUUGAAAAGUCCACAUAUUUUUUGUCUGUGAACUGUGACAUUCUUGUUAAUAUAUAAAGAUUUUUUUGUGCACAAGGUGAACUCUGAAAACAAGGGGUUCUCCUUUAGCUGUUACUCAACAGA